AUGGCGCCCACACGGCCACGGAAGCGCAAGUCGGACCAGUCCACGAGUUCCUUCGAGCAGAGGAGCCCCAUCAAGAAGAGGAAGAUGGGCCUGACCCUCCCCCAGAAGCAGGCUUUGAUCGAGAACCUCCAGCUGGAAAUAACGGAGCGCGCCCGAAGAUUACGAGCCCAGUAUAAUGUACAGGCACAGCAGCUGCGGUCUCGCGUCGAGAUGCGCGUCAACCGAAUCCCGAGGGCCCUGAGGCGACUGAAGAUGGCCGACCUGCUGGCAAAGCACUCAGAACCCGCCAAAUCACGACCUGCUCGAUCUCCGUACGUUGCCAGACCUCCACCUGUGCCCACCAAGGACGGCGCGUCACCAAAGCCUAUCCCGCGGAAGCCUGUGUCAGCCGAUGGCCACCAGCGUGGCUUCAAGCGCCUGAGUGAUGGCGUAGUCGGGUUUGAAGACAAGGAAAACUCGGUCGAGCCUGUCGGCCAGCCUAAGAAGAAAGGCCGUGGCCCUUUUGCCGCUGUUGAUGCUGCGCGGACACAGCCUAGCCAAGUGCUUUCACCGACCUCUACAAACCUGCGCGUCUUGCCGCGCGCAGUUGAGCGCCCAACCUCCCCAGCUAAGCAUCAGACAGAACGUCCCGCUUCUUCGCCAACCAAAUCUUUUGGAGCAAAGUCUACGUCAAAUCUAUUGUCCAAUAUGGUGGAAAAGGCGAAGUCGACCCGUGGGGGAACUACCGGCAGACAUAAACUGGCGUCCUCUACAAUCACAAACUCGAGCGCAACUUCGGGCACUACCAGAGGCAGGAAACCAGGUGUGCCCUCUUCAGCCACCACGGCGAACACGCGCGGCAAGAGGAAAAACAGCCAGGCCAGCGAAUCAAGCGAAGCGAGUACAGGCACCGUCAUCAAGAAGACCAAGGCGGCAUCAAGGGCAGCCCCAGCAAAAUCGGCUACCGCGCCCAAGCGCACAGUCAUGGGCACUAUCAAAUCAGCCACCACGAAGAAGCCAGCGACCGCCAAACCGGCGGCAGCGCCAGCAGCCACUGGAAGGACCUUGAGGAAACGUCAGGCGUAA